ACAACCAAUCGGACAGUAAUCUCUUAAUUCUAACAGUUAAAUACCAUGAAAAUCCCUAUUAUCAGCCCUAUUUACUUACUACAUUUUCCACCUCCGGAUACGCAACAGCAAUGUUGUGAUUUUGAUGCAAGACACGUGUUUCACAUCACCACGGAUUUCAAGUUUUGAAGAUGCUGUCAGGUGUCCGCUCGUUGUGUAGAGGUUGGUCGGUUCGCAGCAUGAGUUUAUCGCCGCGUCAGAUCAACCGAUGGCCGAGCAACGAGUCCUCCGAGCCUCCUACGGACAGUCCUCGAGUCCUCAUCACAGGUGGCCUGGGACAGCUUGGAGUUGGACUAGCUGAAAUGCUGAGGAAGCAGUACGGAAAGGAAAACAUCAUCCUGUCAGACAUUAGGAGGCCUCCUGCUGAAGUUUAUAACAUGGGUCCUUUUGUAUAUGCUGACGUGCUGGACUAUAAAAACCUGAGGGAAUUAGUUGUGAAUAACAGAGUCACCUGGCUGGUGCAUUACAGUGCAUUACUCAGUGCUAUCGGGGAAGCUAAUGUGGCUCUUGCCCGAACCAUCAACAUCACAGGACUGCAUAAUGUGUUAGAUCUGGCUCUGGAGAACUGCUUGCGACUGUUUGUCCCCAGUACCAUAGGAGCAUUCGGGCCUUCAUCUCCCCGUGACCCAGCACCUGACCUCUGUAUCCAGAGACCUCGCACCAUUUAUGGUGUUUCCAAAGUCCAUGCAGAGCUGAUGGGGGAAUAUCUCCACCAUAAAUAUGGCCUGGAUUUCCGAUGCUUGCGAUACCCAGGAGUCGUUUCUGCCCACACCAAGCCAGGAGGAGGCACUACUGAUUAUGCUGUUCAGAUAUUUCAUGAUGCCCUCAGCACCGGCCACCAUGAAUGUUACUUGCGCUCCAACACUCGGCUUCCCAUGAUGCACAUAUCUGACUGUCACAGGGCCACCAUUGAGUUCAUGCAGGCCCCUGAAAGCCAACUUUCCCUGCGUACUUACAACAUCGCAGCCAUGAGCUUCACACCUGAAGAAGUGGCAGAAGAGAUUCGCAAACACCUGCCCCACCUGAGAGUCACAUACAAUCCUGAUGCCAUCCGGCAGACUAUUGCGGACAGCUGGCCAGUGCGGUUUGAUGACUCUAAUGCACGUCAGGACUGGGGCUGGAAGCCUGUGUAUGGCCUGUCAGAGCUGGUCACAGACAUGCUGGCCUCCAUCCGUGAAAAAAGAACCAAUGCAGGACUACCUGUCAGCUAGCAGGUCUUCUCAGGGACUGAAACACAGAUCACCAGCACCUUUCCAGUACAUUUCCAAACUCAUUUAUUUCUAAUUUGGUAGCUGUUUCUUUAGACCAGGACUAUCCAUCAGUUAGAGAACUGCUGACACUGACGGUCCUCUAAAUUUGUAUGCUUGUGAAGAAAACAUGUUAACCAACAGUGAUAACUCACAUUCUCUCACCGCUCAGGAGUCUCUGUCUUUCUUCUCUGUGAUCUGUUUUUACAUAGUUUUUAAGUUGUCAUGGGACAGGGGAAAACAAGGACAGUAUAAUAAUUAUAAUAAUUAUAAUAUUGCGCACAUUAGAGAUGAAACUGUACAAUUGAAUUAUUUUAGAGACAUCAUACAUAAUAUUAAAAUAACAAGGUCAGCACUGA